AAGAGCAGAGAGAGCAGCGGAGCAGCCGUCCCAUGGCUUGAAACCGGGGAAUAACUGUGGACCACAGCGGAUUUAUUGCGCCACACGAGCCUAGAGGAGCGAAACGGCGUCGCAGGAGCGGACUAUGUUGAUACGGAUGAGGAUUUAGCAUCUUUGAGUUGCCUUUCGGUCGCGGUUGCAGACCCGGACAGAGACAACACAGACAGAAAUAAGUACCAGAGCCGCCGCGACACCACCGAGCGAACUUGGCUUAUCUUCCCGGUGGGAGGUGUCUGUCUGUCGGCUCCGGCUCGCUGCACAAACCGCUUCUCGCCACGCUGUUCGGACCUUUCUUUAGAAGGACACGGUUGUAACUAAGUUAUGUUUUUGUAAAUAGCUUCUUUUUGGGCUUUUUUGACAACCAACUGUGGCUUUAAUGUGACGCACUAUACUGACAUUAGUGCUGUGUCGGAGCGGACCCCCUGCAGAGGAGUUCCAGGCUUUAAAUCAAGUUUUCACCUUCAUAUUUCUCUGGUUCCCGGACAGACCUCACCAAUGGAAUAGUGACAAGGGCCGAAGCAGAUCAAGCUGGGCCAGGCUGGGCCAGGCUAGGCCUACCUAGCCUUCUGUCUGGCCUCACCAGACGGGCCAGCGACCUCUACACUCCCAUCCUCAACGAUCUGUGGGAGCUUCAGCCUGUUCUGACAGACCCUUCAGCUGUAACAGAUUGGAUUCCAACCAUAUUUUGUUUCAUCAGCCCUCUGAGGCCAUAGUGGUCUGUUCUAUCUCCAGUCCUUCCAUGUCGUGGAUGUCCCUCUCUGGAUGUUGGAAACAGGAUGGAUUCGGGUGUUAAUUUGACGGUUGUCACCUCAUUGCAGUGCUUGCACCCCCCCUCCUUUGACUGGCUUUUGACUUUUCCCUCCCCAAUCUCUAAGCGAAAGCCCCUGCCUCUCUCUUGGGGCUUCCCGGAGCCCUGUACAGGAGGGCCUUGUUGGAACUGUAGGUUGUUUUGUUGAAACAGUUGACAUUACAAAGAGGAAGCAGAUUUACCCAUCCCUUUUCUUUUUUCCUGCGGUGUUAUUUGAGGUUGGAGAGCUUUUCAUUUGACAAAAGAAGCUUGCUAGCAGAGAUUUGCGCCUGCAUACACACGGUGUACAUAGGUUUUAUUUAUACGUAUAGAAUUCUUCUUUUUUGUGGUCUUAGCCUCGGGGAGGAAUGUCUGAAAGCAGUAGCAGCAGUAAAGCGGUAAUAUUCAUUGCCCCGGCCUCCCCUCCUCCCUCAGCCUCUCCCUCUCCAUCACCCCAGACCCCCAAUAAGAAUGUGAAUGGCUCCGCCAGUUCAGAAACGGACGUGGUGGAAAAGCUCAGUGUCUACCCUGAGGUCCAGCGGCGGCGCCACACCAUGGAUAGAGACUCCAAAAUAGCAGAGCACCGCUUCUUCCGCCGGAGUGUCAUCUGUGACUCCAAUGUCACAGCUUUGGACCUGCCCAGCAAAGCAGCUGUGAUACUCACCUCGCCCCCAGACUGCCAAGGGCCUCCCACCUUCUUGCUUCCCCAAGCCCCUGGACAUGGGCUGCGAGACGCUGAAGGAGAUGAGCUCCCGAGAGGUGUGCAAAGCUCCAUCCUGCAUCCCGGCCUGGGGACUGGGGGGGCAGCAGCGGAGGGGCACAUAGAAACUGCAGAGGAAGAUUUAAGUAAAGGCGGGAUUACAAUUGCUCUUCCCACAAGUAGUAUUGAAAAAGAACGUAGUGCAGAAGGGGCCGUGAAAGAGCCCAGCCCGGCAUUAUUGGAUGUUAGCGAAAAAACAGCCGACAAACAGCCUGACGUCACAUUGAGGCCCAGAGGAUGCGAGGAGACACAACAGGUAACAAAAGACGGAAAAGCGAUAGAACAUGUGGACGGGGGGAGUGUUAGCAGUCCGACAGAGGAGAAAGACAAGGAGACGGAGGGGGAGAGGGAGCUGGCCAAAGCACGGGCGGAGCAGAGGGAGGCCGAGAAACGAGUGCAGGAGGAUAUAGAGGAGGUGGAGACAAAAGCUGUGGGCACUUCUCCAGACGGGCGCUUUUUAAAAUUUGACAUCGAGAUUGGAAGAGGGUCCUUUAAGACUGUGUACAAGGGACUGGAUACAGAGACUACUAUGGAAGUGGCAUGGUGUGAACUCCAGGAUCGCAAACUAUCCAAGUCGGAGCGUCAGCGCUUCAAAGAGGAGGCCGGGAUGUUGAAGGGUCUCCAGCAUCCUAACAUUGUCCGCUUCUAUGACUCCUGGGAGGGCCCAUGCAAAGGAAAGAAAUGUAUUGUUCUGGUCACAGAGCUGAUGACAUCUGGCACACUUAAAACCUACCUGAAGCGUUUCAAGGUGAUGAAAAUCAAGGUCCUGCGUUCUUGGUGCAGACAGAUCCUCAAAGGCCUUCACUUCCUGCACACCAGAGCCCCGCCCAUCAUCCACAGGGACCUGAAGUGUGACAAUAUCUUUAUCACAGGGCCCACAGGCUCCGUGAAGAUAGGGGACCUGGGCUUAGCCACGCUGAAGAGGGCCUCCUUCGCCAAGAGUGUCAUAGGAACCCCAGAGUUUAUGGCUCCAGAGAUGUAUGAGGAGAAGUAUGAUGAGUCGGUAGAUGUCUACGCCUUUGGAAUGUGUAUGCUGGAGAUGGCUACGUCAGAGUACCCCUACUCUGAGUGUCAGAACGCGGCCCAGAUCUACAGGCGGGUCACUAGUGGAGUAAAACCAGGCAGCUUUGACAAGGUAGCCAUUCCUGAGGUGAAGGAAAUUAUAGAGGGCUGCAUCAGAACAAACAAGGAUGAGAGAUAUGCUAUAAAGAUCUUGCUGAACCAUGCGUUCUUCCAGGAGGACACGGGGGUCAGGGUUGAACUGGCAGAAGAGGAUGAUGGGGAAAUGAUUGCCAUCAAACUCUGGCUCAGGAUAGAAGACGUAAAGAAGCUCAAAGGCAAAUACAAAGACAACGAAGCCAUCGAGUUCUCCUUUGACCUGAUCAAGGACGUCCCUGAAGAUGUGGCGCAGGAAAUGGUUGAGUCUGGCUACGUUGCUGAGGGGGACCAUAAGACCAUGGCCAAGGCCAUCAAGGACCGCGUGUCUCUGAUCCGCCGCAAGAGAGAACAGAGGCAGCUGGUACGAGAGGAGCAGGAGAAGAGAAGACUGGAGACUGAGCAACAACAACAACAGCUUCAUCAGCAGCAGCAACAACAACAACAACAACAACAACAACUUCAGCAGCAACAACAGCUUCAGCAGCAACAGCAACAACAGCAACAGCAACAACAACAACAGCAACAGCAGCAGCAACAAGAGACACUCAAACUUUCCCACACACAGGUAGAAGCGGAGGAGACAGACGUGGAGCAUCAGCAGCUUCACUAUCAGCAGACCGCCAUCUUGCACGCAUCUGAAGGGGGUCUGGACAGUGGACAGGGCUCCUCAGUUUUCUCCUCUGACUCCCACCUGGCUCAGCUGACCAUGUCGUACAGCUGCCCCACCUCCACCCACCCCCCCUCCCAGCCCCAAACCCCCUACCCCUCCACCCCCUCAGCCAACCCACAGCAGCACCCAGGCUACGCCCAGCCGCUGCAGCAGCAAAUGCCUGCGUCGCGCCCUCGUCGAAGUCGUAGCAUGUCUUUUUGCGUCCCCCCCUCCUCGUACUCCUUUUCCCAUGCUCCUUCGCCCCUGGCCGCUCCUCCACAGCAGCCCUCCACCCCUCCUCCAGACCUGUACUCCUCAUCCUCCUACACCACCCCCCCCUGCAUGCCUCUCGCGGCUGAGAGGGACACAUUCGCCGGGCGCCUCUCCAAGGCCCUGGAGACGGUCCUGCCCCUCCACUCUGCCUCCCCUCUGCCCAGCGCCAUGCAGCGGAGGGCCAGCCUGCCCGCCCUGUUCUCCACACCUCAGCAUUCAAUGUCGCACCCCUACAGCGGAGGAGGAAGCACAGUAGGAGCAGGAGGGAGCAUCCCCCUCCAAACCCUCCCAGACCCCCCUACUAUUUUCUUCCCCUCCAUCCCUGAGCGGCCCAUAUCUUUCUCUCCUCCCCCCACUGGGCCUCCUAAGGCCUACAACACCCAGAGACGCAAGAGCACGUCCAUUCUGGAGGCACACACCCGACACUUCCAGCCUGCCUACCCUCGCUAUGGGAGUAGCCUGCAUCCUUUUGCUGGGAUGGAGGGCGUUGAGACCCCUCCUCUCUUUAUGGUCAAUCCCAGUUUUGCAGCAGCUGCUCAAAGACUUGGUGUUGGAGAGCCGCUGCAUCUCCAAGGACAAUCGGACCCGAGCUUGUACGUCUACAAAGACAUGAGAGCAGAGCACGAGGAAGCAGUGAGGAGACUGAGUCUGAAUCAAGCUGCCUUAUUGGACCAUUAUGAAGCCAUGGCAUAUGGAGGUUAUCCAAUGACUGCACACCAGCUAGGCCACUUGGGUUUCCAUCAGCAGAUGCAAGCAGCAGCCGCCGCUGCUAGCAUGGGGUUUGAACCGGUUCCUCCCCCUCAGCCGGGCUUCUUGCACACACAUCUCAUGCAAAGAAUGAGCGCACACAGCCCAAUCCCUCCACCUUUACCCCCCAUGAGUGGGCCCGCUGGUGGCUCUACAUCAUCAUCUGAUGGAUGCUACCCUCCACCACAGCACCCCUCCUCUUCUGCUUUCCCCAUGUCCGCACCUGCAGUGAUGGCCGAAGCCUUGCCAUCAACUGGGAGUGUUUUUGAGUUCCAUUUAGCCGCAGCGGCCGCAGCUGCUGCUGGAGACCCAAGCCUCCUGGCGUCCAGACUGUACCGGGCCCGCAGGAGCUCCAUGGACCUCCCUCUGGAGGACACUGGGACUGGGUCAGGAGGUUCAGGCACGUACAGCCGACUGCAGCCAGUGACAGAGGAGCUGUACACGUACCUCAGCCCCGAGCUCCCCUUACCUCCAGGAAGUCUCCUCCUUCACCACAUAGGGAUAGCCGGAAAAGACAGAAGCCCAGAUCCUUCUAGUGACUCGUUUGCCUCCUCUGACGCCGGAGAGUUCCAGUCCCCUCCUCCCCCACCUCUGCUCCCUCCCUUCGACUCCUCCGCUGCUCAGUCCAUCCCUCACUCGUCCUCCGCUGUGUUCUACGAUGCGCCCGGAGGACUGUUCCCUGUAGAUCCCCAGGGACACCCACCCUCCAUGCAGAGCUUUCUCCCUGCCACCCCAUCCACUGAGCUUGGGGGAGCACCAUCCACCCAGCUGGAGUCUCUGAUCCAGAGUGCCUGGGCUCGGCAUGGAGGGGUGAUACCAGCCCAACCCGAUAUGACAUACCAUGAGUCAUUGCUGGCCAUGCAGGCCGCUAACCCCACUCUGCAGCAGGUUCAGUCCCCCAUCCCGCAAUCCACUGCAGGACCACCCCCUCUGGUUCCUGCCAACACACAGCCAGCUCCUCCUGGGACCCCCCAACAGGUUGUUUCAUCCAGUCACAGUAUCACAUCGGUUCAGAGCCCCUCGCACACAUCUCUGCCUUACACAUCUUCACAGCCCAGUGUAACUCAGUCUACCAUUUCCUCGGCGACCUUGCCCUCUCCGUCGCCAUCCGUCACUGUUACCAUGCCAACAGCGGCCGUGGCCUCCCCUCCCUCUCCUCUGCCACUCCCUGUUGGGGUGGUGCCUACUAUUGUUUCCCCUCCUCCUCCUGUGCCCACACCUGUGCCCACACCUGUGCCUCAGCCCUUGGCCACGGUGGUGCCAAUCAUCACUGUAGUCACCGCCCCGCCUGAUACUCCCAUGGAAGCCCCUCCCCAGGUACUGGUCAUAUCUUCAGAGCUGUCCCAGUCCCAACUACAGCCACCUCAAGUCCUCUCAUCUAUAGAGAGCGGACACUCUGAGGCCUCAGGUCUGAGUGACGGAAACGAGGGAGGAGGAGGGGGUCGCCAUGAAGGGCGCUCCACCAAGAGACAUCAGAGGCGUUCAGUGCGAAGUCGAUCACGCAAUGAGAAGACCUCCAAGGCCAAACUCAAUGUCCUCAAUAUCUCCAACCGAGGAGACAGGGUAGCAGAGUGUCAGCUGGAGACACACAACAGGAAGAUGGUGACCUUCAGGUUCGACCUGGACGGAGACAACCCUGAGGAGAUCGCCCAGAUCAUGGUCCAGAGUGAGUUUAUCCUGGAGAGUGAGAGGGAGUCGUUCAUUGAGCAGGUCAGAGAGGUGAUAGAGAACGCAGAUGAGAAGGGUCUGGAGAGAGACUCAAACAGCCAGAUGGCAGGUGAUAUGGCGCAGCAGAUUCCUACUAGAUCUGUCCCCAUGCCAGACAUCUCUCCCAGUGCAACAGCACAAGUGGUCCAUUCAGCGGGUCGGCGGUUCAUCGUCAGCCCCGUACCUGAGGCCCGGCUGAAGGAACAAACACUCCCCUCUUCCCCUUCUCUGGCCCGCCAACGGCCUGCAGGAAUAGUUCCUCCAGCUGCAGCUCCAGCCCAGACCCCCGCCACUGGUGUGAGCUUGUCCCAGUCAGCUGGAGCCAUCAGCUUACAGCAGGCCUUCUCUGAGCUCAGACAGAACCGGGAUCAGUUUGACCCCGGACCCAGCACUGCCCCUGCCUCCAUCCACUCCACCCACCCCCCUCUGCAGCCUGCAGCAGCUACUGCCCCCCCACAGGCCAGCUCAGUCCCUCCAACUGUGGAUCCUACUGCUACUCUCCUCCCUUCUAGUUUGAACCCGCCACAGGAGCAGGUGUUGGAGCCCUCCCUUUCUCCUCCUUCCUCCUCCUCUAUGCCCAGUGCCCCUCUCAGCCAUCCUUGCUCCUCCCCCUCUCCUCCCACUGGGGUGAGUCAGUCCACCCUUCAGUCCCAGCCUGUGUGCCUGCCCCAGGUUCAAGCACAGAUUCAGCCGCAGGCUUUCCCCCAGCCUCAGUCUCAUCCUGUCAUUGCUGCAUCAGCCCCCUCCCCUUUACCACCUGCCAGCAUCUCCGGCCUCCCCCCACCACUGCUCACCUCCCCUCCUCCCGCCCAGACUCCUGUAUCCUCGCCUCCUUCCUCCACUCUUCUAGCUAGUGAAGUCUCCUCAGAACAUCCGUCAGUGUCCCCCCCCUCCCCCUCUACUGCUUCCCUCUCCUCCUCCGUCAUCCUCACCACUGCCAUCCCAGGCCCACAGCUCACUCCCCCCACCUCCUUCCACACCACCACCCCUCCCUCCUCUUCCUCCUCCGUUGUGGGGCUCCAGCCAGUGACCACCAAUGUUCCUUCAGUCCAACCGACCUUGGUCCACUCCCAGCCGCAGACGGCAGCGCUGCCUGGGCAGACGCACACACACUGUGGGGAAUGUGAUGCAAGGUGUGAGGCGUUCAAUGAGUCCCAGGGUAAGCCGGACGACAUCCAGGCUCUGGAGAUGAAGCUGCGCUCUCUCUUCAUGGACAUGGGUGGAGGGGGGUCAGCCACCGGGGGAGACCUCUCAGCUGCUGACCCUGCGUCUGGAGCCCACGCAGCAGGUACCUCGUCCCCAAUGGGCCCCUGCCCUACCUCCAGCGCAUCUGUCACCACACCUGUGUCCAGCCAGCCGGCCAACCCUCCUCAGCCCCCCUGCACCCUGCCGCUGGGCUCCCCUGCCCCCGCCCAGAGACCAGGAACACCCAUCUCCACCCCUGCUCCCAUCGUUUCUACAGUCGUCCCUGCUUCAUCCUUUGGCCAGACCACUCCAUCCAAAACUCCUUUAUCCAGGACAUCGGCCAGUUCUCCUCCUUCAGAACUCCUGCCAUCAUUCCCUGGACCUUGUCUAACACAGUCCCAGCAGCCUCUGGAGGACCUUGAUGCUCAGUUGAGGAGAGCGCUCAGCCCAGAGACACACACACAGGCCUCUCACAGUGGCACGCAUUCAGCGGGACAACCAAUUCCUUUCUCUCUGGAUGAAGCCGAGUCCACCUCUGGUCAUUCAGGUGGAAUUAAACUGGGAAGAUUUCAGGUGUCCUUGGCCACUGAAGCGCCUCCUGUCCACCGCCCUGCCUGCACUGAGUCUUCCUCCACCUCCUCCUCGUCCUCCUCGUCUUCUUCCUCCUCGUCCUCCUCCAGUCUCUCCAGCCCGGAGAAUACACUGCACAAGAACUCCUCGACUCCUCUCAGAAAAGGAAAAGGAGGAGACGUUGUUGAUGGACCUCCUCAGCGCUCUCAGGGGGGGUCCAAACAACCCUCCCCCCUCACCUCACCCUGCCCCUCCACCACAAUCGGACGCUUCCAGGUCACCACCAGCCCAGAGGCCCGUGUUGGUAGGUUCUCAGUCAGUCGUGCCCAGGAGCAGAACCUGGAGUCCGGGCUGAGCCCCCCGCCUGCCCCCCCGGCUGCUAACGGACCCAGUCACCCUGCGCAGGUUCUGAGUCCAGACUCCACUCAUAAAGCGUCACUGCCCAGUUUAAACAACAACUCUUUCAAUAACUCCUACAUCAGCAGCGACAACGACUCCGAAUUUGAGGAUGAAGACUUCAAACUGGAAGUCAGCCACCUGAAAGAAAAGCACAUGCGUGAGAUUCAGGCCUUACACUCCCGCCAGAAGGAGGAAAUAGACAGUCUCUUUACAAAGCUGGGAAAGGUUCCUCCAGCUGCAGUGCUCCCACCAAUUAUAGGCUUGACUGGAAGGAGAAGACGACCUACGAAGAGCAAAUCCUCCAAAUCGUCCAGAACCAGCUCCACGCACAGCAGCAAGAGUCCGUUACAACCAGGCAGCACUUUAUCGGCCCAGAGCGCCCCCACCCUGCCCCCCGGCCCGCUGGAUUCGGGCAGCAGUACUCUGCUCCAGCCUCUCAAACCCUCUCCCUCCAGCAACAACGUGUGCUCGGCCUGCACCAGCGACACGGCGCUCUCUGUGCCCAGCCUGUGUGCUCCCACCCCAGGCUGUGUAAAGUUCAGCUGGGGUUCGGAGCGUUUGGCCUUCAAGCCUGGCGGCAGGAGGACGCGCUUUCUGAGUACGCCCUGCUUGGCUCUUUGGAAGAUGGUGAAAAAAGUGUGCCCCUGCAACCAGCUCUGUAGGACUAACAGCACCAACGCAGUGAGUGGGUCAGGGGGUCUGUGUCAGAGCCAGGGGGGCUCUCAGUCUCUGCCCCCCAGCAUGUCUGCCCCCCACCAGAGGAAAGGAACCUUCACCGAUGACCUCCAUAAACUGGUGGACAACUGGGCCCGAGACGCCAUGAACCUCUCACAGGGGAAGAGGAGUGCCAAACAGCUGCCGCAGGCCCCAGCACAGGGACACAGCUACGAGGUGAUCCAGUCAGCCAGUCUGGGCAGGAAGUUCUCCGCCCCCGGUCAGCUGUGUCCCAGCAGCAUUGGGGGGUCAGCCCACCUUCCCACAAACUCCACCACUGCUACCUCUCUGGCCGCCCACAAGGGCUCCCUGUGCCAACCCCCCGCCUCCUCCGCCCCCCCUCAACCCCACCCCCCCCAGUUCAUCCAUUACACCCCCACCUCGGCCUACAGCGCACAGUGGUCCGUUCCGUCGACCCUCCCCCAGGCCCCGGGGCAGCCUGGGCCCCUGCUGGUCAGCACCUCCCAGCCCCUGGGCCCCUACCCCCCCUCACUCAGUGGGCAGGGCCAGAUCCCCGGGCAGGGGCCGCUCCAGGCCUUCCAUCUGACCAACUCCCUCAAGAAGUCGGUUAGCAACCCGGGGGGGCCCAACCUGAGGACCACGUAGGGUCGGGGGGGGGGGCUGGUUUGAAUCACGGGCCCGACUGGACUGAGUGUUACAGGCUGGGGGGGGGGAGAAAACAGUUUGAAAUGACAGAAGCUGACCUGUUCACGGAGAAGCGUGAAAAAGAAAAUGAAGAGGAGUGAAGACGGUGUGUGUGUGUGUGUGUGUGUGUGUGUGUGUGGUGUGUGUGUGUGU